AUUCUCCUUCGGGUCGCGCCACAAAGCUCAGGCUCUCGGCCAGCUACAACCAUGCCUUCGCCCGUACUGCGCGUCUUCGUGACCUGUAAUGCUGAGCAGUAUCGGGUUAUAGACAUUUCGGGCGCCCCGGACGGGGCGCACAUACGAGAACGUAUAUUUGCGAAGAUCAACAUCCCCGAAGCACGACGGCCCCUCUUCAAAAUAUACCAGUCGGACAUCGGGGGCUUCGCGCACAGCGACGCGCUCUCGGACACGGCAUUGUUCGAGCUUUGCCACCGACACGGAGACGCAGCUGGCACCCUCAAAUUCUUCAUCUCUACGGCGCCAGACCGACCGCCGUCGGGGGAUUACGAGCAGUAUCUGCAGUAAGUUCUCUCGUUCACCGAGGGGUGUAGCAAACUUACGGUACCGACCCCAAGGAUCUCGCCGACAGCGUCGAUAUCGAACUUGCGAGGGGCGGCC